AGCCUGAGCUUCAGCUCCAAUCCCAACUGCGACCUCCUCCCAUCCCAUCCCAUCGCCAGGCGCACAAUCUACGAACCAGGGCCACAUAUCUCUGUUGCGUAGCUGCGACUGGCCGCCAAUUGUGCGGCCAUCUCCCAACGUAUCGCUUCCAAGUUUUCGUCUUCCUCGCCAUCGACUGGCUGAGCCGCACCAUCAGCCUCGGCCUCUUCACCGCAUCAUCCUGACUCCCACAACCCAUCAGCCUCACCAGAUCAGAUCACCACAUCUCCCGAAUGCCCUCCUCCAUCUCGCACAUCGCCAAAUGAACCCCUUACGGUCUUCAGCACGAUGACGAACUCUCCGAAUGCGAUGCCUGGCGCAUUCAACUUCCAUCCUCGCGAGCCCGCGGCGCCUCGCCUCUCAGGCGCGAAAUCCCACAUCUUCCAACCCCCACGCACACCGAGCGCAUCUGCUUCGAGCAGUCUGAUAUUGACGAGGAGUACACAAAGCAUAAUGAGCCUAUCUUCGACCGGCGAUGCAGGACGCCCGAAAUUUGCUCCAAGAAAACGAACCUUGGAGGACUAUAAUGGUGGUAAUGAGACGCCGAGAAACAAUAGUGAUGGAUAUUUUGGAUGGGGAACAAACGGAAAUGCAAAUGGUUUUGGAUUAGAUGGGGCAGCGGAAGGAGGAGAAGGCUGGAUGCCAUCAAGUCCACAACUAUUCGUGAACACGAGAUACGCGCUGGCUGGUGGAAUGGACACACCUUCCCUAGCAGCAGCACGGGACGCCGAGCUAGGCACGGAAUCUUACAACGACGUUGGCUACCGAAAAUCUCUCGGCGAUGACGACCGCCCUACAAUGACGGGGAGAGGACUCUUCGGUGAGCAUGAAGAUCCUUCCCACUUCCCAAUGGAGCAAGACUUUGGAAGGGAGGCAAAUGGAAGAGGACGGUAUGGCGAUAGUCCGCGCACGGCAGCUUGGUCCAAGACUGCGAUAUCUGUUGCUGGGGCGGUGGUAGGCAAGGUGUGGGAGUUCUGCAGGAAUAGCACUACGAUAUUUAGUGGGUUCCAUGCUGGUGGUGGGACGGGCUAUCGACUUAAUCCUGAGGACACGGCGAGAAAUUUCGAGGUUAUUGAGGAGGAGAAGUACGGAUAUGAGAGGGAAUCGACGCCUCUCCCUGGCCAAUUCCCUCAAGAAGAUCUGGAUUUCAUUCCUAAUUAUAUGGAUAACCCAACUCCCGAUAACACCCCCCCUCGCCCCUCGAAACGUCGACAAGUUUCUUAUAACAGCAAUCCUACUCCCAACGAGAACGAAUUGGCAAAGAACUGGGUCGUCGUACCGCCUCCUCCUGCUACAUCCACACCAUCGAAAACACAAAGAAGUGCCGGGGUAGCAAGAUACAGCAUGCCGACCUCUUCUUCCUCAGCACGUCGUUCCGUCCCGGCAAAUACUUCCCGCCCUGCAUCCCGUGCAGCAUUCAGCACCGCGCCCCGCGUCAAAUCUGGCUUCACCUCUCGCGUUUCGCACGCUGGAUCUCCAGCUCUCAAUCCUGCUCGUGGAGCAUCAUAUGCUUCUCCUCGCCACUCACCACAAACUUCCAUCUCAGGGUCAAGGAUUCCAAUCACCGCCACAGCUAAUGGCAGAAUGGGUAGUCCAACUAGGGCGGGAGUCGGAGCAGAUAGCCCAGCGGCAAAAGAAGCAGCGCGAUGGGCGGCGCUGAAGCGGAAAGAGGAGCGAGAGCAAGAUGAGAGUAUACGCCGUCUGGAUCGACAACUCAAAGAUCUUAUUCGAGAAGGCAAGGAGGCGUUGGGCACGAAGAUUGAGGUGGAGAUCGAAGACGAUAUACCAAAGAGCAAAAAAUGGGCGUUCUGAGUCUUGCGAGGAACAGUCGAAAAUGUGAUUACCCGUCAUUAUCAGCGUUUCCCUCCUCAAAGUGGUGCAUCGACUCAAGUGAGCAAUAAUCUGUGGAGGAUACUAUGGAUGAGAAAAAGGGGUGGCAGUUGUUUGUGUAAAGUGUAAAGGGAUUUUCGAUUCUUUGCUUAUAUGUUCGGUGGAUUUUGGCGCCUCUGGAUGGAUGGAGAUAUUGUUCUUUUGUGAUAUUGGAGGAGGAGUUUGGCGCAAAUCAAAGAUACCAUACGAUACCAUUCUUUGAGGACGAGAGGAGCGAUGUCUCCAGAGAUGAAAGCAGCAUUUGGUGUUGAUGUUGAUUAGCACUCAACACUGGGCGCCGAACUGGACAUAACAGAGAUGAGAUGUGAUUCUUUACAUUGUCUUGAGUGUCUGCUGAUACG